GUUCUAUUUGCAGGGGCAGUUCUUUGCUCACUGCAUCUUGCAGUGAGGGGUAUGUUUUCUGCCAGUGAUGAUGUCGUACAAUUAACCCCCAGUAAUUUCAACCGAGAGGUUAUCCAGAGUGACGCUGUGUGGCUGAUAGAAUUUUAUGCUCCUUGGUGUGGACACUGCCAGAGUCUGGCCCCACAAUGGAAAAAAGCUGCAACUGCAUUGAAGGGUAUUGUGAAUAUAGGAGCUGUGGAUACUGAUCAACACCAGUCUCUGGGUGGUCAGUAUGAAAUACGAGGUUUCCCCACUAUCAAGAUAUUUGGAGCAAAUAAGAACAAGCCUGAAAAUUAUCAGGGAGCCAGGACUGCUGAAGCCAUUGUGGAUGCUGCAUUGAGUGCUAUUCGAUCACUUGCUAAGGACAGGCUGAAUGGAAGAGAUGGUGGACAGGACUAUAAGCACAGCAGUGGUAGUGGCAGUGGUGGAAAGAAAGAGGUAAUUGAACUAACGGAUGACAACUUUGAUCGACAAGUGUUGAACAGUGAUGAUGUUUGGUUUGUUGAGUUCUUUGCUCCAUGGUGUGGACAUUGUAAAAACUUGGAACCAGAAUGGGCAGCUGCUGCCACGGAGGUUGCUGAACAAACCAAAGGGAAAGUUAAACUGGGUGCUGUUGAUGCCACCGUCCACCAGGGUCUUGCUAGUCGAUAUGGAAUCCGAGGCUUCCCUACAAUAAAAAUCUUCAAUAAAGGCGAGGAACCUAUUGACUAUGAUGGAGGACGAACAAAGGCCGAUAUUGUUGCCCGAGCUCUUGACUUAUUCUCUGAGAACGCCCCGCCACCGGAGAUCUUUGAGAUCCUGAAUGAGGACAUUGUAAAGAAGACAUGUGAGGACCACCAGCUGUGUAUCAUCGCUGUAUUGCCUCAUAUCCUCGACACAGGUGCUGCAGGAAGAAACUCCUAUUUGGAAGUCAUGCUCAAGCUCGCAGACAAGUACAAGAAGAAGAUGUGGGGAUGGCUUUGGGCAGAGGCUGGGGCCCAGCUGGAUAUGGAGACCGCUCUGGGUAUUGGUGGAUUUGGUUAUCCAGCCAUGGCUGCUGUCAAUGCUCGAAAAAUGAAGUUUGCACUGUUGAAAGGUUCUUUCAGUGAGCAGGGCAUUAAUGAAUUCUUAAGGGAGCUUUCAUUUGGACGGGGUUCUACAGCACCUGUAGGUGGAGGUGCACUCCCCAAGGUCAAUAAAGUUGAGGCUUGGGAUGGCAAGGAUGGAGAGCUACCAAUGGAGGAUGAUAUUGAUCUCAGCGAUAUAGAUCUGGAUGAAUUUGACAAGGAUGAACUGUGA